GGGUGAGGGAGGUAUAAUGGCCGAAGGAUAGACUAGGAAACAAACUUGGGGCUUCCCUCCCUUGUUCUGAAACAAGGUUAGAGAUUGUGAAUAAAAAAUCUGAAUGGGAACCAAUGCCUUGGUCAUCAGUAAUAAGCUGUGACCGUGGGCAAGUUAUUGUGCCUCAGUUUACCUUUCAGAGAACUGACAGUGCAAACCAGUACUGGAACAAACCAGGAAACUGGUGCAAAACCGGAGUGGAGCCAAACCGAGAAUUUAUACGGGUUGUCCCGGUUUGUCUCCAAAAGGUCUGAUAGGCAUGGGGAGAAAAAAGCAGGGUUGGAAAGGCUUGCUGUGGGAUUGAGCAUUCAAUGAAGAAAAUACAAAUUAAAUGUAAAAGCCUAUCAAAUCAGCGCUUAAACUUUUUAAAUCAGCUGUUCACAUGCUUUUCAUCUCAAGGGUGGAGAAAUGGAAUCGCCGUGACCAGAAACUCCUAGAAGCAGUGCAACGGGGAGACGUUAGUCGGGUGACUGCUCUAGCCUCCAGGAAGACUGCCUGUCCCACCAAGCUAGACUCCCACGGCCAGUCCCCAUUCCACCUAGCAGCAUCCAAGGGGUUGACGGAAUGCCUGACUGUGCUACUGGCUAAUGGGGCCGAAAUCAACAGCAAGAAUGAGGAAGGAAGCACCGCCCUGCACUUGGCUACUAUUUCCUGCCAGCCGCAGUGUGUCAAGGUCCUACUGCAGCAUGGUGCCAAUGAAGAUGCAGUGGAUGGAGAAAACCGAAGCCCUCUGCACUGGGCUGCCUCAUCUGGAUGUGCCUCUAGCGUACUGCUGCUAUGUGAUCAUGAAGCUUUUCUGGAUGUCCUUGAUAAUGAUGGACGGACGCCCCUGAUGAUUGCAUCACUGGGUGGACAUGCAGCCAUCUGUUCACAGCUCUUGCAGAGAGGCGCCCGAGUUAAUGUCACAGAUAAGGAAGACAAAUCGGCUCUGAUUCUGGCCUGUGAGAAGGGGAGUGCAGAGGUCGCUGAAAUGCUCCUGAGCCACGGGGCAGAUGUAGGGGCUGUGGACUGCAUGGGCCAUGACGCCUUAUACUAUGCCCUGCGCACCCAAGACAAGGAAUUAUGGAGGCUGCUUCGCCAGGCGCUAAACCGCCGCCAGCGUGGAGGCCAAGGGCUGGCUCAACAUCCUGAUCUAUCAUCUCAGGGCUCCCCACCCAAGAUCCCAAGAACAGCAGAGCCAGAGGAGGAGGAUGGCAAAGAGGAAGGGGAUGAGGACACAUGUAGCCCUCAGGAGUGGAAGAGGAAGUAUGAAGCAGAGAGAAAGAAAGUCUCCCAGCUGGAGAAGGAGCUGGUACAAAAGGAAGAAGAGUGUAAGGUCCAGGCUACAGCCUGCCAGGGUCUGGAGAGCCGAGUGCGAGAACAGGUACAAGAGCUGGCAGUGCUCUUGGCCAGGGAAGCUAGAGACACGGGUGGGCAAGGUCCCAGUUCACGGCCUGGGGGGGAUGGCAUGGAGCAGGGCUGUGUUCUGGACUUGUUGGCCGAGCAGGUACAAGAAUUGAAGAGACAGAAACAGGCUAUGGCAUCACAAGUAUCCAAGGCCCGAGGGCCCCAGUGUGAAAUCCAGGGGACAGCCCAGCCAGAGGAGCAGAGGCUGCAGCUGCAGAGCCCGGUGGAGAAGACCCCAGGGAAGGCCAAGGAAGAGCAGCUAGCAAAUGUGGAAGGGGUCGUGCCAGGCCGGGGAAGAGGAGACCAAGUGCUUGCCCUCAAAGAGGAGAGAGGGAGGGCUCCGGGUGCCGAGCCAGCAGGCAUGGUUGCCUUGGGCCAGCUCCUGCUGCAGCUGAGGGAAGAGCUGACUGCAGUGUGGAGGGACAAGGAUGCUGCCCGAGGGGUCCUGGGCAGACCAGCUGGAAACAGGGUUUGGGGGGCAUCUCAGGCUGAGGCUGCAGCAGCCGCCUGGGAGAAGAUGGAGGCUCGGUUAGAGCAGGUGCUGGCCAGGCUGGAUCGGGCGAAGGCUGGGCUGCACGUGGACACUGCACCUUCUGUCCCCAAGUCCCCAGAGGAAGCUCUCCCCCGAGCCAAAACCAUUACUGUGGCAACGAGCCCCCCCAGAGAAGGCAAGGCAAAGGAGGAAAGGGCCCAUGAAGCUCGGGGGGAACCCCUUGGAGCUCCAGGAGCAGGGCAGGCCCCAGAAGGGACUGGGGCAAAGGGACAGCUGGAGAAGGAGGUGUCAGCCCUGAGGCUGAGCAAUAGUAACCUGCUGGAGGAGCUGGGUGAGCUGGGGCGGGAGCGCCAGCGGCUGCAGGGAGAGCUGCAUGCCCUGAGCCAGAGGCUGCAGAGGGAAUAUAUGCCCAGGCCGGAGGCCCAAGGUCAGCUGCAGCAGCUACGCAGCAGCGUGGGGCUGUUGGCUGAGGAGCUGGCGGUGGAGAAGGAAGCAGCUGAGCAGCUCCGACGGCGCCUGGCUGCCCAGAGCACAGGCCUGCAGGGGCUGCGGGAAUGCCUGCCUCCCAACCUGGUGGGCGGAGGGAGCCCCCAGGGCUCAGCCCCUGACCUCCUGGAGGAGCUGCAGGGCUGCGUGGGCGCCCUGGUGGCCAGGUAUGACGAGGCGCAGCGGGAGCUGGCCAAACUGCGGAGAGAAAACCAGCUACUGAAGGGCACCGGCAGGAACGCCGGGGUUCCCCGGGCUGUCCCCCAGGUAGCUGCCCUGGAGCAGGACCUGGGGAAACUAGAAGAGGAGCUGCGGGCGGUGCAGGCCACCAUGGGCGGGAAGAGCCAGGAGAUUGGAAAGCUGAAGCACCUGUUGUACCAGGCCACCGAGGAGGUGGCGGAGCUUCGCGCCCGGGAAGCGGCCAACCUGAGACAGCAGGAGAAGAGCCGGGCGUCCCUGGUGGCCCAGGCACAGACUUGGGGCCAGGAGCUCAAGGCUUUGCUGGAGAAGUACAACAAUGCGUGCAGGGAGACCGGGCAGCUGCGGGAAGUGGUGGCCGAGGAGCGGCGGCGCAGCCGGGAGCUGGCUGCCCGGGCCACUGAACAGGAGCGCCAGGCCAGUGAGAUGAGGGGCCGCUCAGAGCAGUUUGAGAAGGCUGGUGAGUUGCUGAAAGAGAAGAUGGACCAGCUGAUAGGGGCCUGCAGGGAAAAGGAGGCGAAGAUCAGGGAGCUGCUGAAGAAACUGGAGCAAAUGUCAGCUGAAGUCCUUGCUGUUCGUGGGGAAAAUACCCGCCUUGUGCUACAAUUGCAGGAUUCUCAGAAGAACCACCAGGAAAUAAUUUCCACCUACAGGAACCAUCUGCUUAAUGCUGCUCAGGUAAGCAUAUGGACAGGUCAGGAUUCUGUACAGGGGAACCCCUCUCUCAUCUGUCUCCAGAUAGGGAGGUCCGUGGUUGUUUGUGUUUAAGAGGAACAUCCCUUUCUUUCAGGCUCUGAAACAAAUGUUUUGGUUCCUUACUCUUCCUUCACUCCCUUCCCUUGUCUGUUUCAGUACUAACUGGAACCAAUUUACCCCUACGAGGGCAUAUUGGGCCUGACUUCUGGGAAAGGGAUGGAUAAGUAGGCUGCCCAUUUUCUUAUUUAAUCUGCCUCUUCCCCUUCAGCUCCUUUCAUUUCUCCCAUCUUUCUUGUGUGCUCAGGGUUAUAUGGAACAGGAUGUGUACAAGAUUCUUCUGCGGAUCCUCAAGAUGCAGGAGUGAGCUCCCAUGGAUGGUGCUGGACAGGAGACUUCUCUGCUGUGAGUUUUAGUGAUAAUGUUGACAGUGUAGGGAGGAGAGGGACUGAAGAAAGGGGAAGAGAGUUUGGAAGGUGAUAUUAAAGAGGAGCUUCCCCUCUCCCCUCCUCUUGCUCCCUGCGGGUGACUAAGAUCGAAGAGACCUUUGGAAGCAGACCUAAGGCUGCAUUUGUGGAGGUAAUAGGAAGUGUUAGCUAACUGUGGAGAAAGAGUUCAAUAUGUCAUCUGGGGUGGUAGUGGCGAAGGGGUUAGUACAAGCUCAUGGUCAGUAAAAGGAGGGUGGUGGUGACUGAAGGCGGUAGUGCUGUCUCCCACGGUGGAAUGCAAGAAUGCCAAAGAUUCACAUUCCCCCACCCUACCCCUUUUUCAUCCCAAGUUCAUUUCAUUCCUCCUGCUGCUUCUAAGCAAGGUGAACUCCCUUUUCCAGUUCACAUGUAUUACUGUUGUUCAGUCAUGUCCAACUCUUCAUGCCCCGGUUUAAGAUUUUCUUGGCAAAUAUACUCCUAUGGUUUGC